AGUCACACCGUUCACCCUGACUGUACUGUAAAUCUCUAUGGCAACACCUGGAAGCAUCCACACACAGCAGCUCUAACACUUCCUAUAUGGCAACGAUGUAUAAGGCAAACAAAUGUGAUGUGAUGCACAGUAGUACAUCAAUCUGAUAAGAAUAACAAAAAAAAACCUGCCGUGAUGGAGAUCUGAUCUCUGGGGAGCAGGGCCUCCAUAAUCCACCCCUACACCAGUGAUCAUUGGUGCCAUGGGAACAAGUCGAUCCAACAGUGACAGGUACAGCAUCGUGUUAGACAUUUUACCCGAGGAGGAACGCCAAACCAUCUCGAGCCUAGGACUCCACAACGGCCACAGGUCCCCUAACCUCAGACUGCACUCAGCCUGUGACGCAGAAACAGAGGACAGUCAGAGGGGAUCAGGAGUGUCCACUGCCAGGCCCAGCACAAGUUCUGAAGGAGGGAUGAACAACUACAACAUACAACUGACAAGUGGCUCCAACCAAUUACGGAGCCGGUUUGUAAGGAAAAAUGGACAAUGCAAUGUUUUAUUCACCAACUUGGAAGAAAAGAGGCAGCGCUAUUUGGCUGAUAUCUUCACCACCUGUGUGGACCUCCCCUGGAGAUAUCUGCUGAUUUUAUUCUGUACCAGCUUCUUAGUGUCUUGGCUUUUCUUUGGCGUUAUCUUUUACACUGUUUCCUUUGCACAUGGAGACUUUGAGAAGCAUCCAACGAUGAAUCAAACAACCGUAGGGCAGCCGAAAAGAAUUCCAUGCAUUCUUCGUGUCCAGGGAUUUGUUGGGGCACUUCUGUUCUCCAUAGAGACCCAGACUACUAUUGGUUACGGCUGGCGCUGUGUCACAGAGGAGUGCCCUGUUGCAGUGAUAACAGUGGUGGUCCAAUCCAUUGUAGGCUGUAUCAUUGAGUCUUUCAUGAUUGGCACUAUCAUGGCCAAGAUGGCACGGCCAAAGAAGAGGAAUCAGACCUUAAUGUUCUCCAAAAAUGCUGUCAUAUCUUUGCGCGAUGGUAAGCUAUGCCUUAUGUGGAGGGUGGGCAACCUGCGGAAGAGCCACAUUGUGGAGGCUCAUGUUCGUGCCCAGCUCAUACGCUCAGAUGUCACAUCUGAGGGUGAAGUUAUCCCCUGUAAUCAGAUGGAGCUCAAUGUGGGCUAUGAGGCAGGCAAAGACAGGCUGUUCCUAGUGUCGCCACUGGUUAUAGUCCAUGAGAUAGAUAAAGAUAGCCCCUUGUAUACGUUAGGUCGAGCGAAUUUAGAGACAGAUAACUUUGAGAUUGUUGUGAUCCUGGAGGGAAUGGUGGAGGCCACAGCCAUGACCACGCAGUUCCGUAGCUCCUUUCUUGCAAGUGAGAUUUUAUGGGGUCACAGAUUUGAGCCUGUGAUCUAUGAGGACCGACACUGCUACAAGCUAGACUAUGCUCGCUUCCAUAAGACCUAUGAGGUGACGUCCAUGCCUCAAGUCAGCGCCAAAGAGCUUGACGAGGCUGUGAGCCGGGCCUCGUCUGCUGCUUCUCCCAUCUCUGCAUACAGAUCCACACAAGACUUGAUUCCCAAGUCGGUGAUCCCUUUCUGUUAUGAGAAUGUCGCGCUGAGCUGUGGAGAGGAAGGGGACUCUUCUCAGAUUGUAGGGAGAGAAAGGUCAGGGGAAAGGCGGACGUCCCUUCCGUAGACUUCCAACAAACGUUCCAGGACACUGCAACCUUGACAUCAAGCGGUCAAGGAACUUGAAAGCCUCCAGACUGCUGAUCCUCUUGACCCUGUGACCUAUAAGAGCGAGCAAGAGAUCUAAAGAGGAGAGGGCAGUUAUGAUCUCUGUUGUCCCUCCUUUUGCAACCACAAAAUUGCACCAAAUGAAGGAUUUCUCUGUGAUAUGUUGAGUUCUCCAUUUGCCUUGUCAGUGUUGUUUAAUAUUUAUAUUUGUUUGUUUUUUGCUCCCAAGGAGAUUGAGAAAAUAUAGAUAUAUAGAAAAAGAAAUUGUAAACUUAACUUCUGGCAGAUCUUUAAAGAAACAAUCAAGACUAAUCUUAUGCAAUAUGCACAUUUUUGGAUAUAAAUAAACUUAUUUUUAAUCAAAAGGAUUUGCUUUUAUAUCAGUGUAAACAAGAGAUUCUUGCUGUUGUUGUACUGAGUCAAGAAGGGUCAGAUUGCAGGAUUUUUUUCAAGUUGUGGCCAAUUUAUGCUUAAUAAUGACAGACAUGCUGUUCUUAGAGUUCAUCACUCUUUUUUAUAAACACUCAUCAUGUCUGAAUAGUUCACCUCUGUUUUAUUAUUUUUAUUUUUAUUGAUUUUAAAGAGUCAAGGACUUCGUCGUUGGUAAGAACAUAUUUUUAAAGUAGA